AUGGACUGUCGAAGUCAGUCUUUUGAUAAUGCAGCAAAUAUGAGUGGCAAAUAUAAAGGUUUGCAGGCUUUAAUAAAGGUGGAAAAUCCUCUAGCUGAACAUCUUCCAUGCUUUGCUCAUUCAUUGAAUUUAGUAGGAAAAUCAGCUGCUAAUACGUGCCUUGCUGCAGGUAACUUCUAUACUUUAAAGAAAUUAAGCGAUACUAGAUGGUCAUGUCGGGCCGAUGCCACUAAAGCUCUGGCUUAUGGCUAUAAACCUAUUCAAGAUUCAUUAGCUCAAAUUUAUGAUGACGUUGAACAAAAAAGUAUCGUAAGAAACGAAGCUCUCGGUCUUUUGCAAAAAAUGUCUAAACUUGAAACUACAAUUUAUAUUAAAUUUUGGCAUGAUAUACUUGAAAGGUUCAAUUCAACAAAUAAAAUUCUGCAAAGUUCCACAAUGAUUCUGUCUACAGCUGUAAACGGACUCAAGUCUUUAAAAACAUUUGUAGAAUCUAAAAGAGAUGCAUUCGAAAGGUACGAAAUAGCGGGUAAAGAAUUGUCUAAUACUGAAGAGUAUGAAUCUGUACGUGUGAGAAGACCAAGUGUGAAGCUCCGACCUCUUGAUUAUGGACAAGCACCUGCAGUUCAAUUAUCGGCGAGAGAUAAAUUUCGAACCGAAUGUUUUCUUCCGGUUAUUGACCAAUUAAAUUUGGCAUUGGCUGAACGAAUAAUGGCUUAUGAGGCUAUUUGUGAAAGAUUCGGGUUCUUGGUCGAAUUGAAUGAUAUAGAACCUUGCCAAUUAGAAUUAAAAGCAAAUAAUCUUGUAGACGCCUAUCCUGAAGAUCUCGAACGGAAUCUGACAAAUGAACUUGUUCACCUUGUGGCUUUUUCUAAGCAAUAUGAAAAAAGGGAGGGAGAAUCUACAGAAGUAUUCCUUUAUAGAUUAAUUUUAGAAAAUACUUUUAAGUCAUCAUUUUGCAAUGCAGAAAUAGCUCUUCGCAUAUACCUGACCUUAAUGGUGAACAAUUGCAGUGGAGAAAGGUCAUUUUCUAAGAUGAAAAUAAUAAAAAACAGAUUGCGAACUAGCAUGGGACAAAAUCGUUUAGAAAAUCUAACGCUUCUAAGUUUGGAAAAUGACAUCCUUCGCAACUUGAGUUUUAAUCAAAUUAUAGAUGAUUUUGCCAAAGAAAAAUCACAAAGACUUUCAAGUGAUAUAACGUAUAAUGGUAAAGGAAAAAAAUUGGUUUAUAAUUUAGAGGCUAGCGAUUUGAUUCUUUUAAAUGGUCGCACAAUAAGUGACACCCCUGCUAAUUAUUUUACUUCUUUGGGCCCACAAGGGGCAAGUGUAAUCGAUUUGGUGUGGUCCUCAUCUGGGGCCUUAGCCUAA